GAUUGAGACACACGGACGUAUUUAGUUGUAACACACUUGCGUCACAUGGAAGCGGCACAUCAUGGCUGCGAUCUUGGGUCAAGGAAUACUUAGCAGGUUAAAAUGUUUAUGUCCACGGUUUUCGACUGGACCAAAUUUGUUAUAUGUAAAGGGUAUAAGCAUUUAUCCCAUUCAUGCUAAAUCCACAUUUCGGGGACCAGCGAUUGACGACAGUAACGUGGAAAUUGGUGUGACCUCUGAUGGCAAAACAGUUGUAUGCUAUCAUCCCUCAGUGGAAUUUCCUUACGAGUUAAGCCAGCCUAUUCCUCGACCUGAUCCCCUAACCAACCCACCGGAAACCCAUGACCAGGUUUUAAAAGAUCGACUUAGCAAAGAAAGCCUGAAGAACAAACAAGCUCCCACUAUCGAGGAGCUUAGUAAGAUGUUCUACACGACAAAGCACCGGUGGUACCCAAUUGGACAGUAUCGCAUGAGGCGCAUAUCCAAAAAUCCUCCUAAAGACAGAAAAUGAAGAUACACCUGGAAUAUUUCUAGAUAUCCCUGGACCCAUUUUUUUAUGUAAUUGUCUUGAAUCUUGGAUUUUUUUUUGUCCAAUAAAAUGUGUAUGUAAACAGAA